AAAGCGGGCGGGGCGCCCGGACAUUGACUGGGGCGAUUGGAGCGCUGUGUUCAGUCCCCGCAGACGCGGGGAGCGCGGGAGGCGGGGCGGGCGGCGCCGAGAAACAGCGGCUGCGGGCGGGCGGGCGGCGGGAGCGAGGGACGCUGAGCGGGCCGCCACCGCCUAGCAGCCCUCCAGCAGUCAGUACGUCCGUUCGUCUGUGCGUUCUCCGCGGGUCGCGGCGGGUCCGGCAGCCGAGCCCAUGCAGCCGCGCAGCGAGCGCCCGGCUGGCAGGACGCAAAGCCCGGAGCACGGCAGCCCGGGGCCCGGGCCGGAGGCGCCGCCGCCGCCGCCGCCGCCGCCGCAGCCGCCGGCCCCAGAGGCAGAGCGUGCACGUCCUCGGCAGGCCCGGCCCACAGCCCCAAUGGAGGGUGCAAUGCAGCUGCUGAGCCGUGAGGGCCACACUGUGUCCCACAACUCCAAACGGCACUACCACGACGCCUUCGUGGCCAUGAGCCGCAUGCGGCAGCGUGGCCUCCUGUGUGACAUCGUCCUGCACGUGGCAGCCAAGGAGAUCCGAGCGCACAAGGUGGUGCUGGCCUCCUGCAGCCCCUACUUCCACGCCAUGUUCACAAAUGAGAUGAGUGAGAGCCGCCAGACGCAUGUGACACUGCAUGACAUUGACCCUCAGGCCUUGGACCAGCUGGUGCAGUUUGCGUACACGGCUGAGAUUGUGGUGGGCGAAGGCAACGUGCAGACUCUGCUCCCAGCUGCCAGCCUCCUGCAGCUGAAUGGCGUCCGUGACGCCUGCUGCAAGUUCCUGCUGAGUCAGCUCGACCCCUCCAACUGUCUGGGCAUCCGGGGCUUUGCUGACACGCACUCAUGCAGUGACCUGCUCAAGGCAGCACACAGGUACGUGCUGCAGCACUUCGUGGAUGUGGCCAAGACUGAGGAGUUCAUGCUGUUGCCACUAAAGCAGGUGCUGGAACUGGUCUCUAGCGACAGCCUGAACGUGCCUUCAGAGGAGGAUGUCUACCGUGCCGUCCUGAGCUGGGUCAAACAUGACGUGGAUGCUCGGAGGCAGCACGUCCCAAGGCUCAUGAAGUGUGUGCGCCUGCCCCUGCUGAGCCGAGACUUCCUGCUGGGCCACGUGGAUGCCGAGAGCCUGGUGAGGCACCAUCCUGACUGCAAGGACCUGCUUAUUGAGGCCCUCAAAUUCCACCUGCUGCCCGAGCAGAGGGGUGUUCUGGGCACCAGCCGUACGCGGCCCCGGCGCUGUGAGGGCGCCGGCCCUGUGCUCUUCGCUGUGGGUAUGUUCACCCGUCAUGUCCCCUCAUGUCUGGGCCCCUCCNGGAUGGUCCGGGAGGCUUCUCCGAGGUAG